UUUUGCAUGUGGGUCACGCGAAACCGUAUCACAUAUUCAAGCGCUGCGACGGGAAAAACAAACUAAGCUUUUCCCUAAUGCCAGUUUUCGCUGGAACCUUGGAGGAAGUAGCACCCACGCGCGGCCACCUGUCCGCGGGGAACCGUGCUUCAGCCGUGGAGGUAGAUGUCCCGCUAAAGCGGCGGCUGUGGCACUAAUUUUAGGGAUUAUUUUUCGAGGAGCCGCGGAAGCAGACGGCGGUGGGAUGGGCUGUGAGCUGUUCAAGAUGGCGGCGCCCUGUGGAGUGCAUUUACUCUAGCAGAUGUGCAGGGUCCUGGGGCCCCCUGAAGAGCCAGGAUAGUGACAUGGCAGCUGUGGUCGUGUCUUUGAGCAUCACACACUCUCAUAUCUUAAAGUGCUGCUUUUAGUGGCCUGGAGACGGAAUCGGUGGGCGGGCCCCGGGAGUCCUCCAGGCAGACAGGGACGGACACUGUGAUCAGUUGUGGCCUCACCACCCCCCCCUCAACACUGCCAUGGCCAGGGAGCAGCCCAACGUGGGGGAUCUCCUCCCACUGCUGGAGACCUCCGACCUCCACCAGCUAGAAGAGAUCAGAGGCCUUAUCAACGAGCAGCUCAGCACCGAGCGAGGGUCCAUGCUGCUGAACGGGCUGGUGGAUUUUUUUUUGGAAACCAACUCAGCCCAAGCCAUGCAUAUCCUGUCGUCCGUCAGAGAGCCACACGAUAAGCACCUUCUAGACAAGAUGAACGACUGUAUGACCAAGCCGGCCUGCCGCCUGCCCACACUCAUGCUGCUCGGCCACGUGGUCCGCAAGCAGCCGUCCUGGAUCCACAAGAUUGCUCGGUACCCUCUGCUGCUGUCGCUGCUCAAAUGCCUGAAGACGGACACUGAUGUAGUGGUGCUCAUAACCGGAGUUCUGGUGCUGGUCACUCUGCUGCCCAUGAUCCCUCAGGCCGGGAAACAGCACCUGUGGGAGUACUUUGACAUCUUUGGCCGCCUGGCGUCAUGGAACCUGAAGAAUCCAGGACACGUGUCUGAAGUUUACCUGAUCCACCUGCACGCCAGCGUCUACUCCCUGUUCCACAGGCUCUACGGCAUGUACCCAUGCAACUUUGUGUCCUACCUGCGCUCGCAUUACAGCAUGAAGGAGAACAUGGAGACCUUUGAGGAGGUGGUGAAGCCCAUGCUGGAACAUGUUCGCGUUCACCCGGAGCUGGUGACCGGCACUAAGGACCACGAGCUGGACCCCACCAGAUGGAAGAGAUAUGAAAUCCACGAUAUUGUCAUUGAAUGUGCCAAAGUGUCUCUGGACCCCAAGGAGGCCUCCUCUGAGGAGGGCUAUGCCACCAUGCCCGAGAACUUCUACCCCCAGAUUCACCUGAGAGCCCAGGACUGCACCUCCAGCCCGUACACGGACCUGCACAGCAGCUUUGGAAGCUCUUCUUCAACCCCGUUCUCCACUCCACGGCAGCCGUUGCCCCCUCCCCUGUCUUUGCCCCCUGUCUCAGGGACACAGUUGACCUACCGCAGCCCACAGAUCUCCAGAAGACAGAAUUCGACAUGUGACCUGAACUCCUGUGGGAGCAAGGACCCUCUGUGGAGCCCCUCCUCCCUGUGUGGCAUGACCACUCCCCCUUCCUCUAGGGGCAUGUCGCCCAACCUGGAGCUGUCCCACAGUGCCUCACACCUUUCCAGCCGCUUCCACUGCACAUCAGGUGGGAAGGGAACGCCGGCCUCCAGCACUCCUGCCACCUCCUCCCCACCUCCAACCCUGACGGAGGAUUUUCCUGCAGUCUCUCUACAGGCCAACGCAGUCCAGUCCAGUCCUCCCAGAAAAGACCGUCGGCAGGAGGAAGGCUGUAAGCCGGUCCUGGUGAGGCAGGAAUCCGUCAAGGACCCAGAGAAAGCAGGGGAGGUGUCCACACACAGAGAAGCAGCAGAGAACGUUUCUAUGACGCUGACGGAGCUGUCCGUGUUCAUUAAGAAGCAGGAGCUUGACCUCCAGCUGAGGACGGAGAAGGAGAAGGAGGAGGCCGACAUCACAGAGGAGCUGCUGCAGCUCACUGAGGAGAAACAGGAGCUGCUGGGCCUCCGAGGCUUCGACUCGCCCUUCUACCGCACUACCGAGACGCUGACGGGAACUCAGAGCAAAGGCCUCCCCAGCACCCAGCCCGGGGGCUCCGUCCCAGACCCCCACCGAGCUGCUUCCACACCCGACAAAGUUGAAAACUCUGUAGGCGCCACCACUGAAAGAGGAGUGGGCGGGGACAACCGGAGCCUGGCCCUGGACCAGUCCUGGUCCUUCCAGUUGGGGUUCACCCCCAUCGACCACCACCUGCACCGCAGCCCCUCCGCCAACGACGAAGAGGCAGCCAAGUUCAGCUUGUUCUCCCCCAGCCCGUGCAGUAAGACCCCCGCCCCGCCACCCUACGAACCCUUUUUUGACCUGGCGCUGCCGAGGGCCGCCUCGCUGUUUGUGGGCAAGAAAACCUCAGAAGCUGUGAACAAAGCCGCAAUGCAGAGGCUGCUGCAGCGGGAGGAGGGGCUGGAGGAUGGCGAGGAGGAGGGGCUUAUGCCCACGUCUCCACUGGAGGUGCUGGAUCGCCUUGUCCAGCAGGGGAGCGACGCGCACGACAAAGUUCUCAAGAGAUUACCUUUGCCGAGUAAAUCAGCUGACUGGACACACUUUGGAGGCUCGGCUCCUCUGGACGAGCUGCACACGCUGCGCAGUCAGCUUCUACUGCUGCACAACCAGCUGCUGUUUGAGCGCUACAAGAGGGAGCAGCACGCAGUCCGCAACCGCCGCCUCCUGCGCCGCAUCAUCAACGCCACUGCGCUGGAGGAGCAGAACAACGCUAUGAAGGAUCAGCUGAACUUGCAGAGUGUGGACAUCAGUUCUCUGAGGGAGAGCCUGCAGGUGGAGCAGCACCGGUACCGGCAGUUGUGGGACGACCGGGAAACCGUGGUGACCCGACUGCACAGCCAGAUCCGCCAGCUGCAGCAGGCCCGGGACGACUACUACACCCGCAACCAGGAGCUGCAGAGCAAGCUGCAGGAGUGUCAGAAGAAGAUGGAUGAGCUGGAGGCUGAGCUUCAGAGGGCCAACAACAAAGUUUGUCACACAGGUCACCUGCUCAACCAGAUGACGGUCAAGCUGAGCAACAGUGAGAGCACCCAGCAGCAGAUGGGCUUCCUGAACAAGCAGCUGCUGCUCCUGGGGGAGGCGCACAAACUGUCCAUGCAGGAGUUACAGAACGCCGGCUCAGAUAACACAAAGCUGGAGGCCCGCAUGCUGCAGGCGUCCUAUGCUAAGGAGGUGGAGGGUCUGCGGCAGAGUCUGCUGGUUCAGGGGCAGAAGCUAGAGGCGGCGCAGCAGAGAGUCUCUGAACUGGAAACUCACCUUUCUAAGAAGGAGCACCUCAUCGCAGAGCAGAAGAAGUUCCUGGAGGAUGUCAAAUGCCAGGCUAAGGUGGAGCUGCAGGCCUCCGACAGCAGGUACCAGGUUCAGAGGAAGAUCACUCAGCUGCUGCAGACUGAACUCCUGCAGCUCUACAGCCGGGUGGAGAUGGAGGCCCCCGCCAGCAGCACCUUGCCCCCGGGGGGCAGAGCUGACCUGCACACGGCCGCAGACUCCAGUGUGUUGGUACCGGACGGGCCCGAGAGAAACCACGUCAACCAGGAGUCGGACGGCAGACCCCCACAUGACUCCCCCCGGGGCAACGGGAGCACUUUGAUGGCACCAAAAGUGAGCAGCUUCUCCAUUUCUCCAACCAGCUCCAUCAACGGGGGCCAGGACCUGCCCCCUCCCCUGCUGGUCGAGCCCCACCCGUCCUGCCCUCAUUCCAGUCCUCUGGCGCCCCAGCCCGCCUCCGACGCCCCCGUCACCGUGGGCUCCUACCCCAGCGCCAAGAGCUUCCUGGGCAUGCGGGCGCGCGAGCUGUUCCGCAACAAAAGCGAGAGCCAGUGUGACGAGGACCAGCCCCCCCCGCGCCUGGCAGGCCUCGCCCACGGCCUGAAGACGGAGAUGUGCGUGGAGCCGCCCUGCCCGGGCUACUCCGCCCCCCUCGACCCGGCACCCUCAGCCACUCCCCCCUCACCCCUCAAAGCCUCCAAACACCCCCCCACUGAGACCAAGCAUCGAGCCUCGAGUCAGGAGAGCCCCCGCAGAAAAGCAGGAGGGGGUCAAGGUGGGGGCAGGGGGCAGGUGGGGUCAGGUCGCCCCCGGCAACAACAGCUAAAAAUUAUGGACUAUAAUGAAACACAUCAGGAGCACAGUUAAUGACAUCGUUACGAGAGCUGGGGGGGCAGAUAACAGCCAACAUAACCGGGGGGCAAAGACUGAAUUUUAACAGCUUCAAACCCGCUGGAGUCCAUCAGUGUUAUUGUCCCGGACCUGAGUGGACAGCAGGAUUCCCACAAGCCCCGCCUCUUUCUUCUGCUGGAGCAGUGAAGGAUUCUGGGAAAUGUGACAGAGCAGUGGCGCUUUAACAGAUGAAAGGCCUUCGUGAGUCUGACGUUCAAACUCCUCGCAGGAGUCCAGCAGAACCAGUUCCUGACGCCUCGUCCCCUCUCACUGGAACAUACCAUUAUCCGCUCACGGGGGGGUUGGGAGGGUCAAAUCAGGAGACCAAAGCUAGAAACGUAUUCCUCCUCUUUUGUUGUGCCAGCGUGGAAGCUGCCUCCAAACAAACGGAAUGGUGAAUGUCAUGAACGGAAAACAUGUUUUUUCAUCCCCCCCUCUGACGAGGAGGGAAACACUCCUGGUGAUGUCACUCACCAGCUCAGUCCCCCCCCCUCAAAUGUUUGGGCAGCUCUGACCCGUCGCCAUAGAGACGGAUGUGACCGUGUGGGAGGAGUUCAUCCCUGCAAGAGUUUUUUUAACACAAGCACUUUAGUGAAGUGAAGAGGAACAUUUCCAUCCCAACCUGCAGGAAUCUGCCGUGUCGGCGGAAAGUCUGGCAGCCAGGACGCUCAGCGGCACUCGGGAACGGAUAACACGACAGUCAUUUCAUUGAUUGGAUUUGUCCUCCACUUAUUUAUGUAUUUAUUAACUUUUUUAAAAUUCCACUCAGUACAUUUCAAUAAGAAUCUGGAGAGAAUCGGCCUCCUCGUCUUCUUCCCUAAACCAGCUUAUUUCAGUUGUGGACCAGCCGUCCCAUUUAGACCCAAAACAUUCAAACUUCUUUCCAGUUCCUUUUUUUUUUGUACUGAAGUCAAGCUGAAGGUUGUCCGAAUCCUGUUGUCCACCGGGGAACUCCUGCUGUCACUUCCUUCUGCCUCGCUAUCUAAAGCAUGUUCAACCGCCCUCCUUAUACGCCAACUGUAGAAGCUGCAGCCGACCAGGACAGAAGGUACAAUCAGCACAAACCGCAGAAGCAGGACUGUGAGUCAAGCUGGAGAACACGGGAAACUUGGCAGAAAAAACAACAAAAAAAGAAGUUCUUAAAGCAGUGGCUUGUGUGUAACUGUGAACAAUAAAGAUCGUCUUUAAUGUUUUGCACUACAAA